CUAGCACUAUUUUCUUUAUUCCUGUAGAAUUCAUUCAAUUUAUAUUUUCAACAAUCUAAUUAUUUCGUAAAUGGAGCGAAUUUGUAGACUGUGCCUGCAAGAUGAACCGAACUUAGGACCUAUCAAAGAUUAUUCGAUCAAUUGGCCCGAUCAAAACGACGCAGAAUCCGAAAAUUUCACCCAGCUUAUUCUUCGAUAUUUAUCUAUACAGGUAAUUAAGCCAGAACAACCCACUUCGGAAACUGUGAUUUGCAGCAAUUGUCGAUCUGCGAUUGUAGAUUGGCACAAUUUUCGUGAGUGCUGUCUUCGAAAUGACGGACUAUAUCUGAAACUUCUUUCUGAAGUAUCCUCUGUAGACGAUGGUUUACUUCAGGUGUCCGAGACAGCAGGAAACGACAUCGAGCCUGAUGAACCAAAACAGGAAGAAACAACCGCAGAUUGUAAUGAAGCCGCUGGUGAAGACGAUGAUGAUGAUGAUGAUGACGAUGAUGAUCACAACUCGACACGAAUUGAUUUCUACGAGGUGGAUCUAGAAGAUCAAAAACCAGAGCCAGAAUCUCUUGAAGACUCGUCUUCAAAAAUACCUCUCAAAAAACGUGGACGACCACGAAAGGAAAAUACCACUAAAAAACCGAAUGUUCCCAAGUCUCAAGUUUCAGAAAUAUGCGAAACAGGAAAGAAACGUGGUAGACCCAAGUUGGCUGUUAAAUCAGAGAGAAGAGCAGAAGUUUGCCCAAUGUGUGGAAAAUUUAUUAAAAAUAUGUCCGAGCAUAUGAGGAUCCAUAACAACGAAAAAAGACAUCAAUGUCCAUUUUGUCCAAAAGCGUUCGUGAGCGCCUCCAACUACAGUUCACAUGUCAAUAUUCAUACGCGUGCAAAAAUGUACAAAUGCGAUCUCUGUGACAAGCAAUACCCUAUGCUGAACGGGUUAAAACAGCAUCGGAUAACACAUUUUAAAGAUCGAGUGUAUUUGUGUCCUGUAUGUGGUAAAGCAUAUUACCAACCGACCGGAUUGGCACGGCACAAGCGAACUCAUUUCGAGGAACCGAAAAUUAAAUGCUCCGAAUGCGAUAAGAUGUUUCUUUCCAACGGUGAUCUUCGGAAGCAUUUCACUAAGCAUCUGGAUGAGAAACCCUUUGCCUGCGAAAUCUGUGGCCGGGCGUUCAGAAGGAAGGACAAUUUAGUGACGCACUUGAAAACCCAUCGGCCUACAACUAAGCGGAGUAGUGCCGGGGUUGUACAAAACCAAGUACCAACGGCGCUUGAGCUUUCGACGAUAGCGGAAGGUUGA